UUCCAUAACAGCACAUUGUUUAUGUUUCUCCCGAUGGGUUUAUGUAAUACAGAAAAAUAAUCGAAUCGGACAGACAUUUAUGAGAAUAAACAACGAUAACAGUUUAAUUCGGUGUUUAAGCAACGGGCAACAAUACCUAGCCAAACACCCAGAGAAUAGUUCACAGGGUAAUCAGUGUACAGCCAUCCCAGUUGAUAAACUGAAAGUAAAUUACAGCAGAAGCAGUGGACCAGGUGGUCAACAUGUGAACAAAGUCAAUACAAAGGCAGAAGUACGGUUCCACGUUCACACAGCAGAAUGGAUUCCAGAGGAAGUCAGAAAUGGAAUCCUCUUAAAGAGUAAAACCCGGAUAAACAAAGCUGGAGAGUUAAUAGUAACAUCAGAGGUGAGCAGAAGCCAACAGCGAAACCUGGAAGAUUGUCUACAGAAAAUCUCAGAGAUCAUCAGUGAGGCCAGUCAGAAACCACCAGAACCAACAGAAGAGGAUGUUGCACUGAGGGGCAAAAGGUUAGAGAAAAGAAAUACAGUGAGACUACAAGACAAGAAGAUCCAUUCUGCAACAAAGCAAGCUCGUCAAGUUGGUUUUGACUGACUGUUGUGGUUGUUUAAAUUAUUUUGUUUCUUCAGCUAUUAAAAGCCGAACCAAUUAUCUGGUU